AUGUUUAUUCAAGUUUAUAUCAUGCCUCUGCCAGCUAACUUAGCUGAUGAAUCACAAUGUACAAUUAAGAUUAAUCAACAAGCAAAUAAUAAUAUAGGACAUAUUAAUCAAAUUUAUUUUAAAAGAAGAUCUAUUAAUGCAACACUCGUAUUUCAACAAUUAGAUUUAUUCAAAGAGAAUUUUAAUCUUACUUUCAGUUUUGAUAAUUCUCUCGAAGAUAGUAUUAAGAAAGCUGAUUAUACUAUAAACCGUUUUCUAAGUUAUUUUACAACUAUCCCAUCUAUUAAAUGGACAGUUAUUGAUUCAGAAGAUUUAAUUAAAACGAAUUUAAUCGAUUGUGAAAGAAUCUUGAUAGGUUUUAUUUCAUUAUUAGGACUUAAUACUUCGUCAUUAGAACUAAAAAAUAUAAUUGAAUAUGACUCUCAUCAAUUUAUUGAAGAUUCGACUUGGUGGGAUCAAUCGAAUAUAGCUGAAAGUAUUCUAACCAUGUCAAUACCAUCUCGGUCAUCAAAUUUUACAUAUUCUAAUGAUUUUUAUUAUUUACAUGGUGAUCGUUCAUUUGCACAAUAUUUAUAUGAGAAUCGUCAAUGUUAUAACGAAGGUAUAUUUGCUCAAAUGCAGUCUGAAACCAUUACAAAUCGUACUUCAACUGAUGAACCAAAUCGAUGUUUAUCAAAAUCAUUUGACUGUGCUUUUAGUGAUUUAUAUUCAUUUAAUGAUCGAGAGCAACUAUAUCAACAAUCAAAUCAAAAACCACUCAAAUGUGCUUUUAACAUUCCAUCUGUAUUUGAUAAAGUUAGAAAUCGAUAUAGUCGUAAUCAUACAUGUCAAACUAUAAUUUUUACAUGUAUUACAAACUGCUAUGAUCCUCUACCUGAAGUACAAGGUGUCAUCCUACCAUCAUUUUGUUUUGUUGCUUUGCUUGACACAAGAACAAUGAAUACUUAUAAAAAACUUUAUUCAAUGGAUUUUAAUUUCAAAUGGGAUUUCAUUGAUUUAGGUGUUGAUGCUACACCAUUUAGUGUUGCUGCAAAAUCAACAGAAACAUUAAAGAUUGUUGGACAACGAAUGUUUCCAUUAGCGAAAUGGAUUAUUUGGAUGGAUGGUAAAGGACAUAUUAAUGAUAUUAGCAGUUUAUUAAAACAAGCAAGAGCUCCAGUGAUUGGUGCCUCUCAUCCUGAUCCAACACGAACUUCAGCAUCUGAAGUGGAACCUACCAUUAGUCAUAUACGUGGGCGAGAAACGGCAUUCUCUCAAAGGCUCAAUAAUUCUAUAAUGGACAUUAAACUUCAAGAAAAAGAAUAUCAACGUGAUGGAUUUUAUUCUCGUUCAGACAAACUUCAAUUAAAAAUGUAUGAUAUUGCAAUAUUUUUAUAUAGAAAUGGUCAUCCGUGUAUUUUUCGUUUCUUAUGUGGAUGGCAUAAUGAAGUAAAUUAUUUUUCAUAUCGAGGACAAUUAUCAGUUUAUUAUCCAGCUGUUCGAUUGAAUUUAACUGAUUAUCUACAUUUCUUACCAAAACAGUUUUAUCAUACUGUUGGCCAUCGUUCAGUUUGUUAG